AUGGCAUCGUUGCCUCCUCCCCCGCCCCCGGGCUGGGGUGCAGCGGCACCGCCUUCGAUACCUCUGGCGCCGCCGCCGCCCGGUUACCAACCACCGGCGGACCCGACCGUCGCGAAAUUCGCCCAAAAGAAGAAUGAUUGGCUGCGGACGCAACGCAACCGGUUUGGAGAGAAGCGCAAGGGCGGCUUUGUCGAAACCCAGAAGGCCGAUAUGCCGCCCGAGCAUCUGCGGAAGAUUGUCCGGGACAUCGGCGACGUGUCGCAGAAGAAAUUCAGCAACGAGAAGCGUAGCUACCUCGGCGCGCUGAAAUUCAUGCCCCAUGCCGUUCUCAAGCUGUUGGAGAAUAUGCCCAUGCCGUGGGAGUCGGCGAAAGAGGUCAAGGUCCUUUACCAUGUGAACGGUUGUCUCACGCUGGUCAACGAGACUCCGAGAGUCAUCGAGCCGGUCUUCCAUGCCCAGUGGGCUACCAUGUGGGUGUGCAUGCGACGAGAGAAGAGUGAUCGGAGACAUUUCAAGCGUAUGCGCUUCCCGCCAUUCGAUGACGAGGAGCCUCCACUUUCGUGGUCGGAAAAUAUCGAAGACGUGGAGCCGCUGGAGCCCAUUCAGAUGGAGCUUGACGAGUCUGAAGAUGGCCCGGUCUACGAAUGGCUCUAUGAGCAGCGUCCGCUCCUGGACACCCCCCAUGUCAAUGGGCCGAGUUACAAGAAGUGGAAUUUGACGUUGCCGCAGAUGGCGACGCUCUAUCGACUAAGUCAUCAGCUGCUUAGUGACACCGUCGACCAGAACUACUUCCACAUGUUCGACCUGAACAGUUUCUUCACGGCCAAGGCCUUGAAUGUCGCCAUCCCCGGUGGUCCCCGCUUCGAGCCCCUCUACAAGGACAUCGACCCCAAUGACGAGGACUUCAGUGAAUUCAACGCCAUUGACCGUAUUAUCUUCCGCGCUCCCAUCCGAACCGAGUACAGAGUCGCCUAUCCUUUCCUGUAUAAUACCCUCCCGAGAAGUGUCAAGCUUUCUUGGUACUCGCACCCUCAAGUUGUAUAUGUCCGCACCGAAGACCCUAAUCUCCCCGCCUUCUACUUCGACCCUGUAAUUAAUCCGAUUUCUUCCCGAUCUGUCGCCCCCAAGAACAUCACCGUGAGCCAUGAGGAUGAGAUCUUCGGCCCGGAUGGUGAGGACGAUUUUGAGCUGCCGCCGGAGGCCCAGCCUUUCUUCGCCGACGAAGAACUCUACACCCCCGAAACGGCUUCCGCCAUUGCCCUCUGGUGGGCCCCUCAUCCCUUCAACAAGCGUUCCGGAAAGAUGGUUCGUGCUCAGGAUGUGCCGCUGGUAAAACAGUGGUACUUGGAGCAUUGCCCGCAGGGCCAGCCCGUCAAGGUCCGCGUGUCCUACCAGAAGCUCCUGAAGACUUAUGUGUUGAACGAGCUGCACAAGAAAAAGCCCAAGGCCCAGAGUAAGCAGAACCUGCUGAAGACGCUGAAGUCGACCAAGUUCUUCCAACAGACAACCAUCGAUUGGGUGGAGGCUGGAUUGCAGGUCUGCCGCCAGGGUUUCAACAUGCUCAACUUGCUUAUUCACCGCAAGAACUUGACCUACCUUCAUCUGGACUACAACUUCAACUUGAAGCCCGUCAAGACGUUGACAACCAAGGAGCGGAAGAAGUCUCGUUUCGGAAACGCCUUCCAUCUUAUGCGAGAAAUCCUGCGUCUGACGAAAUUGAUCGUCGAUGCGCAAGUGCAAUACCGUCUUGGUAACAUCGAUGCCUUCCAACUGGCGGACGGUAUCCUGUACGCUUUCAACCACGUCGGACAGCUGACUGGUAUGUACCGUUACAAGUACAAGCUGAUGCAUCAGAUCCGUUCGUGCAAGGACUUGAAGCAUUUGAUCUACUACCGCUUCAACUCCGGCCCUGUCGGUAAGGGUCCCGGAUGCGGUUUCUGGGCGCCGGCCUGGCGUGUCUGGCUGUUCUUCAUGCGCGGUAUCAUCCCCUUGCUCGAGAGGUGGCUCGGAAACCUGCUGUCUCGUCAGUUCGAGGGUCGUCACAGCAAGGGUGUUGCCAAGACCGUGACCAAGCAGCGUGUGGAGUCCCACUUUGAUCUGGAACUACGCGCUUCGGUCAUGGCCGAUCUCAUGGACAUGAUGCCCGAGGGUAUCAAGCAGAACAAGGUCAACACCGUGCUCCAACAUCUGUCGGAGGCAUGGCGAUGCUGGAAGAGUAACAUUCCCUGGAAGGUGCCUGGUCUUCCGGCCCCGAUCGAGAAUAUCAUUUUGCGUUACGUUAAGAGCAAGGCCGACUGGUGGAUUUCCGUCGCCCACUACAACCGUGAGCGAAUUCGUCGUGGUGCGACUGUGGACAAGACGGUGGCGAAGAAGAACUUGGGCCGAUUGACUCGACUGUGGCUCAAGUCUGAGCAAGAACGGCAGCACAACUACCUGAAGGACGGACCGUACGUGUCGUCCGAAGAGGCCGUGGCCAUCUACACUACCAUGGUGCAUUGGCUGGAGUCUCGCAAGUUCUCGCCCAUUCCCUUCCCCAGUGUUUCUUACAAGCACGACACCAAGAUUUUGAUCCUGGCCCUGGAACGUCUUCGUGAAGCCUACUCUGUCAAGGGUCGACUCAACCAGAGCCAGAGAGAAGAGCUGGCGCUGAUCGAACAGGCGUACGACUCUCCGGGUACGACGCUGGCCCGUAUUAAGCGAUUCCUUUUGACUCAGCGAGCUUUCAAGGAAGUGGGUAUCGACAUGAACGACAACUACAACAAUAUCAACCCCGUGUACGAUAUCGAGCCUAUUGAGAAGAUCACCGACGCCUAUCUGGACCAGUACCUGUGGUACCAGGCGGAGCAGCGUCAUCUCUUCCCCGCCUGGAUCAAGCCGUCGGAUUCCGAAGUGCCUCCUCUUCUCACGUACAAGUGGGCCCAGGGAAUCAACAACUUGUCCAAUGUCUGGGAGACGUCCGAGGGCGAGACGAACGUGAUGAUCGAGACGGAGUUGUCCAAGGUGUACGAGAAGAUCGAUCUGACCUUGCUGAACCGUCUGCUGCGUCUGAUCAUGGAUCACAAUCUGGCUGAUUACAUCACGUCUAAGAACAACGUGCAGCUUAGCUACAAGGAUAUGAACCACACGAACAGCUAUGGAUUGAUCCGUGGUCUCCAGUUCUCUGGUUUCGUGUUCCAGUUCUACGGCCUGAUGAUCGAUCUGCUUCUGCUUGGAUUGCAGAGAGCCAGUGAGAUGGCCGGUCCACCCCAGAGCCCCAAUGACUUCCUGCAGUUCCGGGAUCGUGCUACGGAGACCCGACACCCUAUCCGUCUGUACACUCGCUACGUCGACAAGAUCUGGGUCUUCUUCCGAUUCUCGGCGGAUGACUCGAGGGACCUGAUCCAGCGUUUCUUGACCGAGAACCCCGACCCCAACUUCGAAAACGUCAUUGGGUACAAGAACAAGAAGUGUUGGCCCCGAGACUGCCGAAUGCGCCUGAUGCGACACGAUGUCAACCUGGGUCGCGCUGUGUUCUGGGAUCUGAAGAACCGGCUGCCCCGGUCGCUCACCACGAUCGAUUGGGACGAUACUUUUGCCAGCGUCUACAGCAAGGACAACCCCAAUCUUCUGUUCUCUAUGUCCGGGUUCGAGGUCCGCAUUCUGCCCAAGAACCGCAACCUGAACGAAGAGUUCUCGGUCAAGGACAGCGUCUGGUCUCUGGUCGAUAACGCAACCAAGGAACGCACCGCCCAUGCCUUCCUGCAGGUCACCGAGGAGGACAUCCAGAAGUUCAACAACCGCAUCCGUCAGAUCCUCAUGUCCUCGGGUUCGACCACCUUCACCAAGAUCGCGAACAAGUGGAACACGGCUUUGAUCGCGCUCUUCACAUACUACCGCGAGGCCGCGGUCUCGACCGUCAACCUCCUGGACACGAUCGUCAAAUGCGAGACCAAGAUCCAGACCCGUGUGAAGAUCGGCCUGAACUCCAAGAUGCCUUCCCGCUUCCCCCCUGCUGUCUUCUACACGCCGAAGGAACUGGGAGGUCUCGGUAUGAUCUCCGGAUCCCACAUUCUCAUCCCCGCCAGCGACAAGCGGUGGUCGAAGCAGACCGACACUGGCAUUACCCACUUCCGCGCGGGUAUGUCCCAUGAUGAGGAGACUUUGAUCCCCAACAUCUUCCGUUACAUCAUCCCCUGGGAGGCGGAAUUCAUCGAUUCGCAGCGCGUGUGGAUGGAGUACUCGCAGAAGCGACAGGAGGCCCAGCAGCAGAACCGCCGCCUGACGCUCGAGGAUUUGGAGGACAGCUGGGACCGCGGUCUUCCGCGUAUCAACACGCUCUUCCAGAAGGACCGCAGCACGCUCAGCUUCGACAAGGGUUUCCGUUUGCGGGCGGAAUUCAAGCAGUACCAGUUGAUGAAGAGCAACCCCUUCUGGUGGACCAGUCAGCGCCACGAUGGUAAACUGUGGAACUUGAACGCUUACCGCACUGACGUCAUUCAGGCGCUGGGUGGUGUUGAGACCAUUCUUGAACAUACCCUCUUCAAGGCAACGGCUUUCCCGUCGUGGGAAGGUCUCUUCUGGGAACGUGCCUGUCUUGCCAAGGGAACCCAGCUGUUGCGUCACGACGGCUCUAAGAUCAACGUCGAAGAUGUUCAAGAAGGCGACCUGCUUCUUGGUCCCGACGGCGGACCUCGUCGUGCUUUCAACAUCGUCAGCGGUUGCGAUCGUCUAUACCGCAUCCGCCUCGGCGCAGGCGAAGAAGAUCUCGUCGUUACGCCUAACCAUAUUCUGGUCCUCCACCGGAAUAAGACCACUGGAGAGGCGAGCUACGAUACCGUGGAGAUGACCGCUACUGAUUUCGCUGCCCUUGAACCCAAGGAAAGGCAACAACACCGGGCUCCCAAGUCCUCUCGCUCCGAGCAGAGCAUGCAGGUGGACUCCGCUCUUAGUCUCACUAUCGAAGAUAUUUCUCUCGAGGCUGAAGCCACAGAGUGGGCGGGUUUCCGAGUCGACAAGGACCAGCUGUAUCUGCGACACGAUUACGUCGUGCUGCAUAACAGUGGUUUUGAAGAGAGCAUGAAAUUCAAGAAGCUUACCAAUGCCCAAAGAUCCGGUUUGAACCAGAUUCCGAACCGUCGGUUCACCCUCUGGUGGUCCCCGACUAUCAACCGUGCCAACGUCUACGUUGGUUUCCAGGUCCAACUGGAUCUUACGGGUAUCUUCUUGCACGGAAAGAUCCCGACUCUGAAGAUCUCUUUGAUUCAGAUCUUCCGUGCCCAUUUGUGGCAGAAGAUUCACGAGUCCGUUGUCAUGGAUCUGUGCCAGGUGCUCGAUCAGGAACUCGAGCAGCUGGGCAUUGAGGCCGUUCAGAAGGAAACCAUUCACCCGCGUAAGUCUUACAAGAUGAACAGUUCGUGUGCGGAUAUUCUUCUGUUCGCAACGAACAAGUGGAACGUGACCCGACCCUCGCUCCUGUACGACACCAAGGAUGUCUACGAGCCUACCACGACCAACAAAUUCUGGCUCGAUGUGCAGCUGAGAUACGGUGACUACGACUCUCACGAUAUUGAGCGAUAUGUUCGCGCCAAGUACCUGGACUACACCACCGACAGCAUGAGUAUUUACCCCUCGGCGACCGGUUUGAUGAUCGGUGUCGAUCUCGCGUACAACCUCUACUCGGCAUACGGACAGUACUUCCCCGGAUUGAAGACGCUGAUACAGCAAGCUAUGGCGAAGAUCAUGAAGGCCAACCCCGCCUUGUACGUGCUGAGAGAACGUAUCCGCAAGGGUCUCCAGCUGUAUGCUUCGGAGAGCAACCAGGAGUUCCUCAACUCGCAGAACUACUCAGAGCUUUUCAGUCCGCAGAUCCAGCUGUUCAUCGACGAUACCAAUGUCUACCGUGUCACCAUCCACAAGACCUUCGAAGGUAACCUGACGACCAAGCCCAUCAACGGAGCCAUCUUCAUCUUCAACCCGCGAACCGGCCAGUUGUUCUUGAAGAUCAUCCACACCAGUGUCUGGGCCGGACAAAAGCGUCUGGGUCAGUUGGCGAAAUGGAAGACGGCAGAAGAAGUGGCGGCGCUGAUCCGGUCGCUGCCCGUGGAAGAACAGCCCAAGCAGCUGAUCGUCACCCGGAAGGGUCUUUUGGAUCCUCUCGAGGUCCAUCUUCUGGACUUCCCCAACAUCUCGAUUCGUGCCUCCGAACUCCAGCUGCCCUUCCAGGCUGCCAUGAAGGUCGAGAAGCUCGCCGACAUGAUUCUGCGCGCGACCGAGCCGCAGAUGGUUCUGUUCAACCUGUACGAUGAAUGGCUGAAGUCCAUCUCGCCCUACACGGCGUUCUCCCGACUGAUCCUCAUCCUGCGAGCGCUGCACGUGAACAUUGAUAAGGCCAAGAUCAUCCUCCGACCGGACAAGACGGUCAUCACGCAGGAGCACCACAUCUGGCCCACGCUUUCCGACGAGGAUUGGAUCAAGGUCGAAGUGCAGCUGCGUGAUCUGAUCCUGAACGACUACGGCAAGAAGAACAACGUCAACGUGCAGAGUUUGACCAGCAGCGAAGUGCGAGACAUUAUCUUGGGUAUGGAGAUCAGCGCGCCGUCCCUGCAGCGACAGCAGGCGGCGGAGAUCGAGAAGCAGCAGGAAGAGCAGAAGCAGCUCACGGCUGUGACGACGAAGACGCAGAACGUGCGCGGCGAGGACAUCAUCGUGACGACCACGUCGCAGUACGAGCAGCAAUCGUUCGCGUCGAAGACGGAGUGGCGCACGCGCGCCAUCGCCACGUCCAACCUCCGCACGCGCGCCAACAACAUCUACAUCUCGUCGGACGAGAUCCGCGACGAGGGCUACACGUACAUCAUGCCGAAGAACAUCCUCAAGCGGUUCAUCACGAUCGCGGAUCUUCGGGUGCAGGUCGCGGGAUACCUGUACGGCAGCUCGCCGCCAGACAACGAGCAGGUGAAGGAGGUGCGCACGAUCGUGAUGAUCCCGCAGGUGGGCAACACGCGCGAGGUGCAGCUGUCGCAGCAACUGCCGCAGCACGACUACCUCAAGGGGCUGGAGCCGCUGGGAGUGAUCCACACGAUCUCGGGCAACGAGCCGCCGUACAUGACGGCGGCGGACGUGACGCACCACGCGCGACUGAUGAACGAGCACCCAUCGUGGGACAAGAAGACGGUGACGAUGACGGUCUCAUUCACGCCGGGAUCUGUGUCGCUGGCAGCGUGGGGGCUGACGCCGCAAGGAUACAAGUGGGGAGCGGAGAACAAGGAUACGACGUCGGACCAGCCGCAAGGGUUCUCGACCAGCAUGGGCGAGAAAUGCCAGCUGCUGCUGAGUGACAAGAUCCGCGGAUACUUCCUGGUGCCGGAGGACAACGUGUGGAACUAUAGUUUCAUGGGUAGCUCCUUUGGCAGCGUCGAGAAGCGGCCGGUUUACGUCAAGAUCGACACGCCCCUGAGAUUCUACGAUGAUCAGCACCGACCGCUACACUUCCAAAACUUCGCCGAGCUGGAGGAUAUCUGGGUGGAUCGCACGGACAACUUUGCUUAG